UUCCCGUUGGUAUGACAAGUGACCAUGGAUCCGUCCCCAGAUGUCGCCUUCCGACACUGGCAAACACUUUGAAGGCUGCAGCAACAGGUGAUAUCCGACGUUAAAACAAGGUUGGCUCAGACUGCCAGGAGAAAACAAGACUUAUUAUAGUGUCUGUCUGGUACCCCACACGACAGCAUCAAUUGUCCAAUCCUGCAUCUUAUUGACCUUGAAGAAAAGACUGACGAAUGACUUUACACUCCGUACGAGCUCAUCCCAAGAUACUGGCUUGGCUGGUGCAACCCCGCGUUCACUCCCUGAAUGGACCGGUGGUUUCGGGGACUCCGCGCCGAAUGGGGUCUUGGCGGGUCCUCAGUCAAGCUCUGCAAAGAUUGGAGCGGGCUUACUGGCGUAACCGCUGCCCAGAAGAUGGAGCGCAAUCUGUACACGAUGGGCGCUUCGAGGCUGGGCAGUCGGCUGUGGAGGGAGUACUUCCCCUGAGUCGGAUGCAUCAAUGCGUGAAAUCGUCCCCGAGAAUAUUACAGAUACAUUCUGUUAUCACAACAGUGUAUUGUUGUACGCAUUCCAUGACAGCCCUUGUCGAUGAAUAUAUUGUGAUGUGGGAUCAGGGCUCACCAGGGGACGCGCAGACCUGGCGUGGCCAAAAGACGCGACAUGAGACCUCUAGAAAGGGGGUUCGACAUGAUUGUUUUGAACUCUUGCAAUAUCUUACCGAGUGAAGAGCAAAGACGAUGCCAGAGUUCAAAAAUGAUUACCGAAAACCAAUAUAGGAUUACUAUAUCUCGCUCGUCUCCACGGUUAUCUCGUAGGACUCCGGCCUAUGGUGAUCUCGGCAUAAGAACCGAUGAGUAAUCAAUGCAAUGUCUAGACCUCUUGGCGUGCAGAGAGAGAAACAACCUCGGCAAAAGCGUCGCAUCUGAAGCCUGAGAUCAUCGUAACCA